AUGUGGAAGGAGUCAAACAUCCAGAAAUGUUGCUGUGUAGUAACGUGCACUGAACAUAGGUGUCACAGCUUGGAUAGCGUCAUACAGUGCACGUGCCGUCUCACUGCUAGUUAUCACGCGGCGGUUGUAACAGCUCUUUUAUCGGGUCAGCACUGUACUACAGCCUCGUGACACAGUAACCCGCGCUCUCAUAUAUCAACAGAAGAAUUCUAACAGCUGUCUCCAGUGUACUUCCGGACUACAACUUCAGAGGGUUCUCGGUGGUACUUGGAGGUGAGGGGUCGUGUCUGGCUAGCACAGGAACGUUUCACCAGAGGUUCUCUAGUUCAGUCUGCAGGGACAUCAGUCACAGCUGGACCCAUGAAAUGAUUCUGCAUAGCAGUUUUUCCACUCUUGUAAACGAGGAACAUGCACAGUGACAUUUCGAGUCAACAUGCACAACCGGGCUCGUUACCUCAUAUUUUUUCAAUACAUUGGAACAAAAUACCGUGGAGCAGUGAAAGUCCCUCCACAUCAGCUGGGGAAGAAAGGGGUCCAGGACCACUUGGAGGAUGCAAUCCAGCGACUGAGGCCAGUCAACCCUGUAUCCCUGUCAGUGUCCAGCAGGACGGACACGGGUGUCCACGCCCUCUCUAACUCCGCACACUUUGACCUGCAACGCAAGAAUGACAAGUUGCCGUUCACUGAAGAUAUUCUUGUUCAGGCGCUCAAUUUCCAUCUCGGGACAGAACAAAUCAGGAUCACCCGUGCCCACCGUGUUCCUUAUGACUUCCAUGCCCGUUUCCGUGCCCAGUCUCGGACCUACGUCUACCGAAUAGCGUUAGGAAUCUCCCACCACUCUCUCCUUCCCCUCACAGACUGGGAUCUGUGCUGGAGCCUCCGCAACACAGAGUUAAACGUGGACGCUAUGCACGAGGCAGCUUCCCUACUGGUUGGGACUCACGAUUUCAGCACCUUCAGGGCCGUCAACUCUGAUCUGCCUUUCAAAAAUCCUGUAAAGACGAUGGAUGUGAUCACUAUACAGCAGGGAAACUCCUUUGCAUAUGCUCACUUCCACAGAGAGAUACCAUUAUGGGAGCUGACUUUCACAAGCAAAUCUUUUCUCUAUAAGCAGGUGCGGAGGAUGACGGGGGCACUGGUGGCAGUGGGCCAGGGGCUGCUCUCAGUACCCCAGCUGAAGAAAAUACUGGAAGCAAGAGACUCUCUGGCCUACCCACAGGGUAUGGCUGCUCCAGCCCACGGCCUUUUCCUCACCAGAGUGGACUACAGGGAUACAGACCUGCAGCUUUCACCACAGCUGUCAGAGGAACUGCUCACCUCCACCAGGAACUCAAAGGAUUGAUGCUGCUUGAAUAUUCUAUUUGUAUGCAUUUCCAAAUUUCCUUAUAAAACAAAUAUAAUAAAGUUUGUGAUUUAAUGUA